AUGUCUCCCUCCAUUGUUUCCGGCGAUAAGACCUACAGCAUUGCAUCUAUUCCCGCAGACGGAAUUGGCCCCGAGGUUAUUGAGGCCGGUAUCACUGCGCUGAAUGCUUUGACCGACACCCUGAAGACUUUCAAGCUGGAGUUUAAGAACUACGACUGGAGCUCUGAGACAUACAAGAAGACCGGCAAAUAUAUUCCCGAUGGCGGUCUUGAGGAGCUGAAGAAGCAUGAUGCCAUUUUCUUCGGCGCUGUUGGUGCUCCUGAUGUUCCUGACCACAUUUCUCUCUGGGGCCUCCGCUUGGCCAUCUGCCAGCCGUUCCAACAAUACGCCAACGUCCGCCCAACCAGAGUGUUCCGCGGUACCGAGUCGCCUCUGCGCAAGUGCAACACCGGUGAUCUUGACUGGGUCAUCAUCCGCGAGAACAGCGAAGGCGAGUAUGCCGGUCAGGGUGGUCGAUCCCACGCCGGCAAGCCGUGGGAGGUCGCGACCGAGGUUUCUAUUUUCUCGCGCCACGGCGUCGAGCGUAUCAUGCGAUUUGCAUUUGAGACUGCUCAGAAGCGGCCUCGUAAGCUUCUGACCGUUGUCACCAAGAGCAACGCUCAGCGCAACGGAAUGGUUCUGUGGGACGAGGUGGCCAAGGAUGUGGCUAAGGAUUUCCCCGACGUUACCGUCGAUAAGAUGCUGGUUGAUGCCAUGACUGCUCGCAUGGUUCUGAACCCCAAGAGCAUCGAUACCAUCGUCGCCACCAACCUGCAUGCCGAUAUCCUCUCUGACCUGGCCGCUGCCCUGGCUGGAUCUAUUGGGAUUGCUCCCACUUCCAACCUCGACCCUACCCGUCAGUACCCUAGCAUGUUCGAGCCCAUCCACGGAUCUGCUUUCGACAUCACCGGCAUGGGUAUUUCCAACCCCGUCGCUACUUUCUGGACUGCUGCGGAGAUGCUCGCCUGGUUGGGCGAGGAGGAAGCUUCCCAGAAGCUCCUUACCUGUGUCGAGAAUGUCUGCGAGCAGGGUAUUCUCACCCGCGACUUGGGUGGCACGGCUAACACCAAGGAGGUUACAGAUGCCGUUGUCGCUGAGAUCAAGAAGCUGGGCUCGAAAUAA